GGGUUUGUCAUGACACGGAGGAAGCGGGAACCCCAUCAUCCUCGGCUGGGUCUGUCUCAUUCCACGCUGGCUCGCACGCUAAUUAAAAAAAUCCGAAGCUUCACAGAUGGCUUGCGAGAAAGAAAUAUGGCAAAAGAUUGGAGAGGGCUUUGUCCAAGAAUAUUACAACCAGUUUGACAAUACCAACAGGGCAGGACUGGGUAAUCUCUAUUCUGCCGAGGCCUGUUUGACGUGGGAGGGAUCACCUUUUCAGGGGAGAGACGCCAUCGCUGGCAAAUUAGUAAGCUUGCCUUUCAAGCGUAUUAAGCACAUCAUCACAGAACAAGACUUCCAACCCACAAUAGAUAGUUGUAUCCUGAUCAUGGUGUUUGGACAGUUACAGGCAGAUGAAGAUCAACCAAUGCCCUUCCAUCAAGUGUUCAUGCUGAGGUCCCAUAACGGCUCGUGGGCCUGCACGAAUGACGUGUUCAGGUUGGGGAUUCACAACAUACCAGUGUAACUAACGAUCUGGAUUUGUUCGUUUACACACAUUGACAUCCAGCUCAGAGAGUCACACUAUGGUUGUGUUGUCAUUGAAAACACAAAAGACUACAUACAAAGUUACUCUGUGGUUACAGUACAUGUAUAAGCAUGCUAACUGCAUUAAAGCUGCAAUAUGUCAAAUUAAAUUCCUGUCCAAUAAAUAAAUUUAUAACUGAAA